GUAGUUGGGUAGAUGAAUAAACUCAAGACGGAGAAAACAAAGUAUUGUUUUCCAGUUUUUAGAUUAUUAUCUUCUACAACACUUCAAUAAGCUCCAUUCUUCUGAAAUUGUUUUUAUAUUGAAACUCUCUUCAACAAAAUCUCUACAUUGGAAUUGGUUUGAAUAUCUAAAUGGGCUGAUCACAAGUUAGCUUUGUUUUUGGUAAAAGAACCCACCAAUAAAAUCGUAUUCUUUUGAAUCAGGGAGCAACUUGGGAACAGAAGUUGUUUUAGGAGAGCAAGCGCCAUAUAAAAUCAAAGGAUUUGUUGUGUUGGAUUUUUCUUGGAAGAAUAUGGUAGGGAGUAUUGACAAAUUGCACCAGAGUUUGAACUCAAAUGGGUCUUUUAACAACUGUAAUGGCUUGGAAGAGAAACUUGACGAGUUUCGGCACCUUUUGUGCAAGACUGAUGGUGAUCCAUUGAGGAUUGUGAGUGUGGGAGCAGGUGCUUGGGGAAGUGUUUUCGCUGCUUUGCUGCAAGAUAGCUAUGGCCAGUUCCGAGACAAGGUUCAAAUCAGGAUAUGGAGAAGGCCUGGGAAAGUAGUCGAUAGAGCCACAGCAGAACAUCUCUUUGAAGUGAUCAAUUCAAGGGAAGAUGUGCUGAGGAGGUUGAUCCGGCGAUGUGCCUAUUUGAAGUAUGUCGAGGCAAGAUUAGGCGAUCGAACACUCUUAGCGGAUGAGAUUUUGAAAGAUGGUUUUUGCUUGAACAUGAUUGAUACACCACUUUGUCCUUUGAAAGUUGUGACUAACUUGCAGGAAGCUGUUUGGGAUGCUGAUAUCGUCGUAAACGGCUUGCCUUCGACCGAAACUCAUGAGGUAUUCGAAGAAAUCAACAAUUAUUGGAAAGAAAGAAUCACGGUGCCUAUAAUUAUCUCUUUGUCAAAGGGUAUAGAGGCUGCAUUGCAACCUGUUCCUCAUAUCAUCACCCCAACACAAAUGAUUAAUCGAGCAACUGGAGUACCUAUAGAGAACAUACUCUAUCUUGGGGGACCAAAUAUUGCCUCUGAGAUCUACAAUAAGGAAUAUGCUAAUGCUCGAAUAUGUGGAGCCGAAACGUGGAGGAAACCAUUAGCAAAAUUCUUAAGACAGCCCCAUUUCAUUGUUUGGGACAACAGUGAUCUUGUCACUCAUGAAGUCAUGGGUGGCCUGAAGAAUGUCUAUGCCAUCGGAGCUGGAAUGGUGGCAGCCCUGACCAAUGAAAGUGCUACCAGCAAAUCAGUAUAUUUUGCACAUUGUACAUCGGAAAUGAUUUUUAUUACUCAUCUGUUGGCUGAAGAACCUGAGAAGCUUGCAGGCCCUUUGCUGGCUGACACUUAUGUAACUUUGUUAAAGGGUCGUAAUGCAUGGUACGGCCAAAUGUUAGCAAAAGGAGAACUAAGUCGAGAUAUGGGCGAUAGUAUCAGUGGAAAAGGAAUGAUUCAGGGAGUGUCUGCAGUAGGAGCAUUUUAUGAACUCCUGAGUCAAUCAAGCUUAAGUGUGUUGCAUCCUGAUGGAAACAUGCCUGUUGCUCCUGUUGAGUUGUGCCCUUUAUUGAAGACUCUAUACAAAAUUCUUAUUACAAGGGAGAAGUCUUCUCAAGCUAUUCUUCAGGCUCUGAGAGAUGAAACGUUGAACGACCCCCGAGAGCGCAUCGAGAUCGCGCAGACACAUGCGUUUUAUAAACCUUCGCUUCUUGGCCAGCCUUGACAGGUUUGCUGCACCUGCACACCAAGAAUUCAAGUUUAAAGGAGACUUACUCAUAUGGAAGCAAUUGUUUCAGAAUGCAACAUGGUGUCAUUGUUAUAAAUAUAAAGUACCUGUUUAU